CAAAAGUCAGUUAGAAAGCAAGCUUGCCGGGAUAAAUACGCACUGAACCAUGGAGCAAACCGAAGUGAUGAAACCAGAAACUCUUGAUGAUCUGAUCAAAGUUUUGCAUAAAAUCUUUGAAAGUGACAAUAUCAAUGUGGAGGAGGUGCAAAAUAUAAUGGAAGCAUAUGACAGCAAUCCACAGGAAUGGAUGAAAUUUGCUAAAUUCGACCAGUUCAGGUACACAAGGAACCUGGUGGAUGAAGGGAAUGGAAAGUUCAACCUCAUGAUACUUUGUUGGGGAGAGGGUCACGGCAGCAGUAUCCAUGACCACACAGACUCCCACUGUUUCAUGAAGUUGCUGCAAGGCCAGCUGAAGGAGACGCUUUUUGAAUGGCCCGAUAAAAAAACAUGCAACAUGGUUCAGAAAUCUCAGAGAAUCCUGCAAACAAACCAGUGUGCCUACAUCAAUGAUUCCUUUGGGCUGCACAGAGUAGAGAACGCCAGUCACACAGAAUGUUCGGCCAGUUUGCACCUGUACAGUCCCCCCUUCAAGACCUGCCAGACCUUUGACCAGCGGACUGGACACAAGAACACUGUCAAGAUGACGUUCUGGAGCAAAUUUGGAGAGAGGACUCCAUUUGAAACCACAGUCUCACAAGAAAAUAACUAAGAAGCUGAAGACAUUUGCGUUUGGAAUGACAAUGUUGUAAAUUCAGUCAACAUGACACGGCAAAUAAGCAAAAUGCGGACCUACAACUAAACAACCGUUUAUAUUGGAGCGGACAUUUCAAAAGGACAUGUGGGUAGUUAGAAUGGCUUUAUCACUGCCCAGUGUGAGCUUGGCAAAAACUGAUGAGCACAGGAUGAAUGCAUGAAUAGGCUCAGCCAUGGAUUGAAUCUGCUCUUUGUUUGGUAGGCCUGAGGAGACCCCUUCCCAAUAACAGCAUUCCUAUGUGUCUAUGACCUCUGUAACCACACUUUUGGACUGUUACGGCGGACGGUUGAAGUGUAUAAUGUAUGAGUGGAAAUAGGUUGUCUAUUCAAUCACAUAAAGUGAUGAUCUAAAAUCAUUCUGUGAUCAACAGUUUUACACUCAAUGGAGCACUUUUAUUGCGGUAUAGAUUUUUACACAAAAUGACCUUAAAAUAGUGAUGUAACAUGAAAUAGUUUGUAAAGUCAAAUUAGAGCAUUUGGCAAAGGUAAAGCUUUAUAAAUGUAUUGGAAAAUACGAUGCCUGUAAUUUAUAUUUGCUGUGUUCAGUUUUUGGGGAUGAGAAGGGGUGAUAAUUGGUAUUAGCUAUUUCAGUGUCAUUCUUGAAUGUGUUUCAUUGGUUUUCAGCCUAUGUAUUAGGAGACCCGUCAAGGAGAGUCUGGACUUUAGGGGCAGGGUUGUAUUAUAAUAAAGACAAUGUUCUCACUUUUUCUCAGGA